AAAUAAUUACUUUUUCAUUUUUUUAUUUUAUUUAUUUUUGUUUGUUUAUUUAAUUUUAUACCAAGGGUAUUAGAGAUAUUUUAUCUUUUAAUGAAUGUCAUUUUUGUGAUUUUUUUUCUAAUGUCAUUUUUUGAGACAAAAACUCAAAAUGUGCUAUUAUUGACAAUUGUCUUUCAUUUUAUAGUAGCUUAUCACAUCUUCUAGUAUCUUCAUCUAAAAUGGAAAAUGAGACAAAAUCCUUUUGUAAAUGUAGUAUGGGAGGGACAUUUAAAGGUUUUUGCGGCAAAAAAAACACUGAACUUUGCGGGAAUUGCCAAAAGAAACCUGGACAUAUGGGCUAGCCAAUAAAAUCCUGAACUUUUGUUGACUUUUCGGGUUUAUUAAGAAACUUACGAUUGACUGACCAGAUUAACACACCGUUAACCGAGUUAACUGUUAAUUAAGCGGACGUUAAUUUUGGGUGUUAAAGUAUACGACGUCGUUUCAUCACUUUGUCUGAUUAAAGACAAACGACGUCGUUUAUAUAGCUGUGUUAUUAAAAAUAUGGGUUUCCAACGGCUCGAACUCGUGUACUCGGGUUUAAUGGUAGGGGUUUUUGCCACUGAGCUAGUGGACUUUGCAAUAGAUUUACGAACACAAUUUCUUUUAUUCUUCGAAUCCGAGUUAAAGACAAAUUAAUGAAACGACACGUUUUAUAUUAACUUUUUUAUUAAAAAGAUGGGGUUCCAUCGACUCGAACUCGUGCGCUCGGGUUUAAUGGUAGGGGUUUUUGCCACUGAGCUAGUGGACUUUGCAAUGGAUAUACGAACACAGUUUCUUUUAUUCUCUUUGAAUCCGAGUUAAAUGAAUCAAAAAGAAACGACGGCGUUUUCUCCUCCGAUUGGUAUAAACCCUAAAUGGGCGAAAUCAUAAAUCCAGUUCGCGAUUCAAGCUCGAUUCUCUUCGAUCUCGUCCUUAAGAAUCUCGAUUCUCAUCUCUCCUUCUUCGAGUAUCGCAUGAUGAGUUCGGGUUGUGAGGAUUCGUCUGUGAAUACGAUGGGAAUUCGUGGUAUCCCGGAGCAAUGCGGCUGUGGUCGAAGAACUGGGAUAUACACAUCAAAAACGAAGGUCAAUCCAGGAAGAACUUUCUUUAGAUGCCCAACGUUUCAAAAUGAUCACUUGUAUAAAUGGGUAGAUGAAGCUGUCUACGAAGAGGUUCAAGAUGCAUUGCCAAAAGUUGAGUGCUUUGCAUCAGAUGUUAUGAAAAUUAAAAUGGAGAUCGAAAGCAUGAAAACCGUGGAGGAAGAGUUGAAAGAAGAUGUCAGGAAUGCGAGCAAUGAACUUAAGAAGCUGAAUGUGAUCAUGAAAGUGGGUUUUUCGGUGGUUUGUUUAGGCGUUGUGAUAUGUCUUGUGUUGAUCAUGUUUGACAAAGCAGAUGGGUUGUCUAUGAAUAGCUACUAGGAGACUCUGUUUAUGUAAGGUUAUGUUUAUGUAAGAAUCAUGGUUCAUGUAAGGCUAUGUUUUAAGACAAUGUUUCAGUAAUGUUUAUGUUUUACUUCUUGAUUGUUUAUAGAAGGACAAAUGAACACACCAAUGAACAGACCAUCAAGAUAAACAACAUGAUGAAAACACAAAGAUAAUAACCAACACUAUCUUCAUUGAGAGUUUCAAAUUAAAACAGCAGGAAGAGAAGAAAGAAAAAGGUAGUUCUUGUUCCAAAAGCAUUCAGACAGAGACACCA